AGAAAUACGACCAGUUUAUCAAGUAGUUUAAAAGAAAACGUGCUAAUCAUUUAAUGUUCGUUCCUGCUAAGCUUUGCAUUUAAAAAAAGAACCCAAUCCGCGGGCCCAUGUCUGCCCAAAUUGCAGUCGGUCACCAUAGUUAUAACUCAAUGCUCUCGCAGCCUGGACCGACUGAUGCUUCCUGCAUCACAGUGCAUGGCAGCGACCACUCCGGCAACCUACCUAGUAUUAAUAGGGUACACCUGACCCCUAUAAACCAAAGCAAGCAUACCGGCCACGCGAGUAAUUUUGAUAACUAUAUUCACUACCAGCACGAUAACGGGUAUUAUGGACGUACCGGUAAACGAGAUGGUCAUUCUCCAGCACACGUUUACCCAGAUUACGGCAAAACAUCGGUGCAUUCGACACAUUGCGGCUUCGGCUCCGUGGAGGAGAAAAUGAGCGUAAAUUUUGCCGAGAAGACCGACGAAACGUCACAAGACGAGGUUACAAGAAAAUACAGCUCGCCACCUUCCUAUGACGUUCCCGUAACUUCAGAUCUCCGAACUUUCGAGAACGCAGUUUCAAAUCUGAGCAAGCGUCCACUUGGUGCUUCACCGGAAAUGACGAUUGCGAAUGAUUCGCCAGUGACGUCAAUGGUGCAAUCGCAAGAUCCGCGGCAAAAGAACGAAAGAUUGGUGGCCGUGGAAGCAAAACUGGAAAUGAAAUCUCUGUGGGAUGAAUUCAACGAUCUCGGUACUGAAAUGAUUGUAACAAAGGCGGGAAGACGCAUGUUUCCAACAUUCCAAGUCAAAGUGUUCGGACUCGAUGUCAACAGUGAAUAUAUUUUAAUGAUGGACUUCACACCAGUUGAUGAUAAAAGAUAUAGAUACGCGUUUCACACAUCAAGUUGGUCGGUGGCUGGGAAAGCGGACGCAGCAAUGCCACCUCGUAUUCAUGUUCAUCCAGACUCGCCAGCAAAAGGAGGACAUUGGAUGAAACAAAUCGUAUCUUUCGAUAAACUCAAACUUACGAACAAUUUACUCGACGACAAUGGACACAUCAUACUCAACUCCAUGCACCGCUUCCAACCUCGGUUUCAUGUUGUGCUGGUGGACAACAGCCAUGACAGCGUGCAACGAGCAGAGGAAAAUUUUAAGACUUUCGUUUUUGAUGAGACCAAGUUCACAGCAGUCACAGCUUAUCAAAAUCACAGGGUAAAACAUGUAUGUUUAGACGCUAUUUUUAUAAAUCCCUUGACUGCAGCAGUCACGUUCGAUUACCAGCAAUUGCAAUUGAAUAAAAAGCUAUAGUUUUUAACUUUUUCAACACGGGUUGUGUAUAAAAUGGUUUAAACAUGGGUUGCGUAUAUAAAACUUUUUUUAUCUACCAAAGGUAGCGUUUACAGAUUCUUUUGUUUCCAAUGCAAACAUCAUAUAACGAGGUUUCUAUAGCCAAGUAAACAUCUCGACAGUUGAUAUUUCAGGCUCACGUUCCUAUUCUAAACGUUUUCAAUUAUGGAUAACAAUAGAAUAUAUGUCGCGUGUAUUAAGGUUUAUGUUGUCACAGCAAACAAUUCAAUGACGUGUGUAAAUUCGACAGAAUAAAAAGAAAGACCAGCUGUUUUCUUAA